AUGUUUGACAAACUGGAGUUGCCUCCAUUAAAGCAGGAGCAACAAAAAGACUUGGAGGAAGUGUUUGAAGUUCCUAAACGUGUUCAACCCACCCAUAAUAUUCCAGUCUGCAAUCUUCAAUUAAGAGGCUAUUUACCACAACAGUUAGACUUCUUUGCUGAUUUUGCACGUCGAGCAGCUUAUCACUUACAGAUGCCUUGUUCAGGCACAGUCCCAUUGCCAACUCAAACAUCACGUUGGACUGUUUUGCGUUCACCGUUUGUACAUAAAAAAUCGCAAGAAAAUUUCGAACGAAAGACACAUAAGCGACUAUUGCAAAUCAAAGAUACUGAUGCUGAAGUAGUAGAUCGAUGGGUGAAAUAUUUGGCUAUGAAUGUACCUUCUGGUAUUGGUAUGCGAGUGACUAGAUUUGAAUAUGAAUCUUUUUAA